AUGUGCUGCACUGCUGCUUUGCUGUAUAAUCCAAGCCUCACGCCCGCCCUGCUCGCCGCCGCACUGGCGAUCACGGUGGCCGCGCUUCGGCCGGCGACGGAGCACGCGGACGCCAAGGGGCGGCCGCCGCUGUGGUUCGGGCUAGGAGCGUUCAAAGUGGCCCUGUUCGCGGACCUGCAGAUGCGUGGACGGACUGGGGCCCCGCGCAGGAUGUCGCGUCCGACCGCGUCAUGGCCGCCGUCCUCGACGCCGAGAACCCAGCCCGAGGCCGGGGCGUGCCGUGGGCGACGGUGUUCGGCAACCACGACGACAUGGCCUUCGAGAGGCCGCCCGAGUGGUUCUCCCCCGACGGCGUCCCGCCGCUGCGCUGGCUGCCGGGUCCAGGAUCAGGGUGCGGCUUACGAGGGACUCCCCGGACGGACCUCGUGGCGGCGGAGACCGACGCGAAUCGGCUGCUGUCCUAGUCGUCCAGCGGGCCCAGGGAGUUGUGGCCCUGCGCGGAGCAUCUCAGAGAAGAACCGACCAUGCGUCGUGCCGCUCCGCCGGGAGGACGGCGUUCAGUGGGCGCACGACCGCGCCGGGGAGGACAGGGUCCACGUGGUUGUCACCGAGGAUCAGCGCUGGCUUUUCGUCGGCAUCUAUGACGGCUUCAACGGCCCCGAGGCCCCGGACUUCCUGGUCGCUAAUCUCUACCGCUUCCUGCUGCGCGAGCUCCGUGGGAUCUUCUACAAAGAGGCCGAUCCGGAAUCCAAGCAGCUGUGGCAGUUCCUGGCGGAUGGCGAGGACGAGGAUAGCGAACUCGACUUCUCGGGCUCCGGCCGGUUCGCUCUAUCGCUUGCCAGGCUCAAGGAACAGAGGCAUCCCUUGUGGGCCCAUGCGGCCGCCGUUGGCGAUGGUCAAAGCGGCAGGGAGUGGGGAGUUAAGAGGUUGACGGUUGCGCCGGCGGUGAGGGAUCACAGGGCGGUACUGAGCGCACUGGCCCGGGCGCUAGCUACGACGGAGUCGACGUACCUGGACAAGACCAGUCAGUCAAUGGGAUCCCGCCUAGAGUUGGCAGUGACCGGAGCUUGCCUGGUCGUGGUCCUGUUGAGGGAUGACGACGUGUAUGUAAUGAACCUUGGGGAUAGCCGUGCCAUUGUGGCACAGCGAUGGGACGACGAAGAUUGCUUGAUUGGAAGCAUGCAGGUGGAGGACAUUGGUGUGAGCUUGGAGACCGAGACAAGGAUCCCUGGGUAUUCGGCAAUUGGGCUCGAGGCAUUGCAGCUGUCGACUGAUCAUAGCACGAGCAUUGAAGAGGAAGUGCAGAGGAUCAGACACGAACAUCCAGAUGAUGAUCAGUGUGUUGUUAAUGAUAGAGUGAAAGGUCGUCUAACAGUUACCCGUGCAUUUGGUGCUGGGUAUCUCAAACAGGUAAAGAAACUGUAGGUUGAUUGUUAUGAAAGGUCCAUGUAGGGGAAACAAGUAAAAUUUAAUGAGAAGUCUGUCUGAUUUACCGGCAAGGUUCAAUGAUGGGUUUCUAGAGAUGUUUCGCAAUGAGUAUAUAGGUGAUACACCAUAUAUAUAUUAUGCACACCUACUCUUUGCCAUAAUAAGCUCUCCAUCAGGGAUCAGUUUCUUGUUCUUUCGUCUGAUGGCUUAUAUCAGUACCUAAACAAUGAGGAGGUAGUGCCGCAUGUUGAGAAUUUUAUGGAGCGGUUUCCUGAGGGUGAUCCUGCACAGAGUUUAAUUGAGGAGCUACUCUCCCGUGCUGCAAAGAAAGCUGGUAAGCUUAUUGUGUGGUCUUCUUCUUCCAAGCCCGACGCUCCCAGGACCACACCGUCCAAGCCCUCGAGCGAAUCCGCGAUACGCAAGUGGUGGCGCAGCCUCACGCCUGCCCUGCUCGCCGCCGCACUAGCGAUCACAGUGGCCGCGCUGCGGCCGACGAUGGAGCACGCGGACGCCAAGGGGCGGACGCCGCUGUGGCUCACCUGUUCGGCUGCUCGGCUGGCAGCUUUUCUAGCCUCGCGUUGUCGUGAUCAGGGUGGAACGACCAUCGGGCACGAAGGGUUCUGUCUACGCGGGUCGACUCGGCAAUUAGAUAAGGAUAUAUGCUUUGUCAAUAUUGUUUGAGACUUUGUCAAUAUUAGAAGACAAUACACGAAUUAAACAGAACCAUUGUUUUGGUUAUUAUGAUCUGAACAACUCAUUUUAUAUAUGGAGCUCGUGGCAAUGGCAGCCCCGCAAAAGGAUGAUGGAACUCAUGGCGUUGAGUGGUGGCGUGAUUGGGCUCAUGAUCCUCUGCAACGAGGCACUGUUUCCCACGAGCGUUCCCAUCACCAUUGCAGUCACGCCACACGUCGCUAGAGCUUGAGCGGUUGGAGGCUCGUCAAUUUGUCUUCCGUCGCAACGCACGGGUACAUGCCUAGUAUAUAUAUAUAUAUACAUAGGGUCCUGUUAUAGGUGGACGACUAUAGGACGACUAGGAGUCGACUAGGCUCGACUAAUCGAGUAAAUCGACGACUAAUCGCGAUUAGUCACCUUAUCGGUGGUCAGGCGACUAGAGUCGACUAGCCGACUUUAAAACCUUGGGUCCAACACUUGUCAUGAGCCAUUAACCACAUAAAAGAAUUACAAUUCUCUGGAGCCCAUGAAUUUCCAUAUUCUUUCCCAAGGUCCAUAUGUCAUUGCACCCUAAAAUAAGCUCCUUUAAACAGACUUCGUUGUGUGCUGGCCAGAUAUUGAAAAACAGCAUAUAUGAGUCUUCUACCCCAGGUUGCAAAGCCACCUCAAAGAGAAUGUCCUAGAGCUCAAGGUACUUGGCAAUAACAUCAACAGAUAGAGCACCUUGGAUAUUUGCAGUCUAAUUGUGAUAAGACCCAUCUCCCAACAGGCCAACACUGUGUGCUUGCUUGAUCUUCCUUAGGCAACCAAAGGAAAUAGCUGGGGCACCAGAUCACAAAUCCGUUGCCCAUGAAACCAACAAUGAGUCCAAAAUAAUGUAUGAGCAACAUCACCAACUUCUAAAAUCACAGCCACAGAAAAGAAGGCACCAGGCGCAUUGGUGGAUCUGUAUAGGAAAAGCCACCCAAGGGCGAGAUCUGGCUCCGUUUUUUGUAACCACAGCCAUCUCAUUAAUAGUGCCAACAAAGAUUUUGAAGGUUAGAAAUUCCCUGUCGACCAAGCUCCAGACAGAGACAGGUUUUGGUCCAAGUGUUGUGGACUCAUUCUUCUACAGGAACACCUAUGGGCGCAGGCACAAGAAGGGAACCUCCACCAAUAAGGCAACCGAGCUAGAAGAGCUGGAAGAAUAGGAAAGGAAGCAAGCAAUCAGGCAGCCGAAUUGGAAGCAAGGGAAGAGGAUCAGGCGAGUCCUAUCUCCAGUAUAUCAAUCAGUAGUUUCCUAUUUCUGCUAUAGCAGACAGUAGAGUUUCCUAUUUCCAUUAUAGAAAGUAAUAAGUUGAUUGGGUGUGUUCCCUGCCGCCUAUACUAUAAAGGCUGGCUGCUAGUUUGUAAGAGGGCAUCGAAGAAUAAUACAGUUACCUCCUAGAGGUGGGCUGUUCUUCGACGGUGGCGCCUUCAGCCGCCGGCGACGACAGACCUCCUCGCUA